UUCCUGCCAAAAUUUUGAUGACAUAAAAGUAUCAAGUGUCAAAAAGAGAUGAUUGGGCGAAAAGACUAGAUAAAUAACGAUGACAUGUAAAAUAAAUAAUUUUAUAUCUUUUUCAGUCAAAAUAAUAAAACUAAAAAUUAAAAUUUUACCAACACCAUAUUUAUAAAUUUAGAAAAUUUAAAUUUUAAUCUUUGGAAAUUUAAACAAAAAAUUAAAAAAUUUAAUCUUUGGAAGAAAAGAUGUUAUGUUAUAAAAUUAUGGGGAAUUGCCACUAAUACCACUUUCCUAAUACCACUUUUCAACUUUACACUUUUCAAUUUUACCAUUAAAAUUUUAAUGGCUAAAGUACCAUUAUACCCUUAUUUAAUCAAACAUACACCUAUUUUCUUUCUCUCACGAUUCAAACAGUUCCCAAAUUGAACGACGAGAUUCACGACUCCGAGAAGAUUCUACGAUUAUGAUGAUUUCUCCGGCGAGAUUCGACGACUCCGGCGAGAUUUGAAGACGCUGACGUCCGACGAGAUUUGGCGAAGACUACAAGCUCAAACGAACAAAACAUGACGAAUGCGUAACAAAGGUGUGGCAAUGUCAACUGGGCUAAGCGUUUAAAAUGUAAUGUCUGCAACACCAAUAAACCUGGUCAGAAUGAAUGUGGUGUGAGGGGAGGUCGUGGUGGUGGCUACAAGGAAUUGGAUGAACAAGAAUUAGAGGAAACAAAGAGACGAAGGGGUGAGGCUGAAGAAGUAAUAGCAUAUGCUUCUAAUGCAGAGUUCUUUGUUACUUCUUUUGUUGCAUUUAGUUCUUUUAUAAAUGUUUAUAAAUCAUUUUUGAGUUCCUUGUACUCAUUUUGCCUAGCAUUCCUCAAAGACUUCCCAAGUUCACACAUUUAUAUGUUUUUUAUAGACAUAUGCGAUCCACUUUUGUUUGAAAACUUCUUUAUAAAGACUUAUAAAUCGUCCAGUUGUACUUUUAACAAUAUCCUAAAAUUCAGAUUUAUAAGGAAUUAUAGUUCUGUAAAAAUGUAGUGUUCACUAUCCGAAAAUCUUAAUCUUAACCAGAACUAUUCAAAUAACAAGUUAAGCCUUAUUUGUUUUUUUGGAUAACAGAAAGAAGCAAAUCCUAAAAUUAAUUGAACUCUUGUUUAAAUACUUCUUUAUAAAGAUUUAUAAAUCGUCGAGUUGUACUUUUAACAAUAUCUUGAAAUCUAGAUUUAUAUUUAUAAUGGUGUAAAAAAAUAUUUGGAACAAAUUUAAUUUUUAGUAAAUAACUCUUGUUUCCUUCUCCUAAGGUCUCUGACACUGUUGUUGAGCCAUAUAAUGCAACGCUCUCUGUGCAUCAGCUCGUUGAAAACGCUGACGAGUGUAUGGUUCUCGACAAUGAGGCUCUCUACGACAUCUGCUUCCAUACCCUCAAGCUUUCUAACCCCUCCUUUGGUGAUCUGAACCAUCUCAUCUCGGCUACAAUGAGUGGUGUUACAUGCUGUCUUUGUUUCCCUGGUCAACUCAACUCCGACCUUAGGAAGCUCGCUGUGAACCUGAUCCCUUUCCCAAGGCUCCACUUCUUCAUGGUGGGUUUUGUUCUGUUGACAUCGAGAGGAUCACAGCAAUACAGUGCCUUCAGUGUCCCUGAGCUGACCCAGCAGAUGUGGGUUGCGAAGAACAUGAUGUGCGCUGCUGACCCUCGUCACGGACGUUACUUAACUGCAUCCACUGUGUUCCAUGGAAAGCUGAGCACUAAGGAGGUUGAUGAGCAGAUGAUGAACAUCCAGAACAAGAACUCAUCCUACUUUGUGGAAUGGAUCCCGAACAACGUCAAGUCCAGCGUCUGUGACAUUGCAACAUUAACUCUUAUAAUAUUUUUAUAAACUAUUAUAUACAGAUUUAUAAGCCUCUAUAAAAUUUUAUAAGACUUCAUAAAAGAAUUACCUUUUGAAAUUCUACAAUUCCUCAUAAAUGAUUUUAUAAACCCUUAUAAAUAAUUUUAAACAUUCUUAUAAAUGAUUUAUAGACCCUUAUAAAAGUUUCUAUAUAUUCAUAUAAAUGAUUUUUAAGACUUUAUAAAUGAAAUUACCUUUCUAAAUAUUUAUAAAUGAUUUUAUAAAACCUUAUAAAUAUUUGGUAUAUUCUUAUAAGUGAUUUUAUAAAGGUUUAUAAAUCAUUUAUAGGAAUAUAUAUAAACUAUUGAUAAAGGUUUAUAAAUGAUUU